ACGAAAUUUGAUCUCUUCGGAGAGGAUUUUGGUAAAUGGGAUCAGAGUGGAAUUCUCCAUCGUCUGUUACUGUGGUUAUGAAUUGGCUCACUUGGAAACGCAACAAUCCGAUUCAUGGUCUCCAAAAAGCGAUAGACUUGCUAAACAAGACGUUUGAGCGCAGUGAACAAGAGGAAAAAUUUCACCUGGAGAAGGCUGCCAUGUAUUUUGAGAUAGCAAAACAACAAUACCGAGCUAAUAACAAACGUGGUGCUUUAUCAUAUAUUAAAUUGAAGGUGAAAAUGGAGGAAACAGCUCAACGUUGUCGAGACUGUCAGCUGCUUUUACAUAAAGAAUUGAUGUUAACUGAACAUAGAAAAAAGAAGUUGAUUUGGGAUGAACGUGUGGAGAAGAAGAAGAAACAACUGAUUGAAGCAUUGCUGCUCAAGCCAACGCAUGUGUUUGUUUGUUUUUGUUCGUUCCUUAUAAUGCUAACAUUCAUCUAACCCACCAAUAUUUUGGGUUCUUGUUGACCUUAAUUAGCUGCUGUGACAGUAAGGAAGAUUGCAUAUUCCUUUGUGUUAUGUAUAUUAGUCUUUGGUAAAAAGUUUGAGCCGAUAAGAAAAUCACACUACUACUCAUCACCUUAAUAUUAAAAAUAUUUGGUAUCUCCCUCGAUUAGUCCGUUCAAAGGAAUGUGGACUAGACCGGCAAGCAAUUCUCAACAAACGAGAUCAAAGCUAAGUUCUUUGCCCUCCCAGUUGAUAAAUCCUCUGGUCCAGAUGGGUAUACUGGUGAGAUUUUCAAGCACUUUUGGGAAGUAAUAGGAGUGGAAGUAACUUCAGCUGUUUUCGAUUUACCAAUCAUUAAAUGAAACGAUGCAUAUCUUCUAUAUGGAGCCUCA